CUGUGCGGGUCAGAUGGGGUAAAAACCUAAAUCCAAAUAUGGACCCCAAAAAGAUGAAACGGAUUAUAUCAAACCGUGUUUCUGCACAGAAAUCUCGAAUGAAGAAGCUUCACUACGUUACUGAUAUGGAAAGGAAGGUGAAAGCUUUAGAGGCUCAAAUUGCAGUCUUAUCUCCUCAAGUUGCACUUUAUAAAAACCAGCAACGUUUGCUGCAAAUGGAGCAAAGAAGCUUGAACCAACAAAUGCUCCAUUUCAGUACCAAUAAGAUUUUUAGAGAUGCCGAAAUUGAAGAGAACAAAGCAGAAGUGAAUAGGCUGAGGCAACUCCAUUUGAGCCAAAAACAACAGCAAAUCCAGGCCGCGCAGACAAACUUCCUUAAUUGGGAAACAGCUGGGAUAGAGCAGAUGGUGUAUCCAAACUUAAAUCAACGUGAAAUGGUUUAUGCGAAUUCAACCCAAGCCCAGAAUAGCGAAGAAAACACAACACAACUGAAUAAGCUAAGCCAAAUUAAUUUAACACAACAGGAAGAUCAACAACCACAGCAAGUUGGACAGACAUGGAUACCAAGUAAUUGGGAAUUUCCUUUGGGCGAGAUCAUGAUAAGCCCAAGCUUAAAUCAAACCGGGAUGCAGCAGAAAGUGAACAUAAACUCAACCCUUGGUGGAAUAGAGGCGAUGCUAGGCUACAACACUUUGAACCCAAAUCAUGCAACUCACAAUUGAUAUAUUAUAAUUUGUAUGCAUAAAUGAACCUUGGAAAUGGCUGGUGCAUGUACUAGUCUUCUCUUAAUUGGAUCUUCCUGUUUCUUUUCAAUUUAAUUGUUUGUUUGCUGUAACCUUAUGAUUGUAUGUUGUUCUACGAAUUUUGUAUGCCUGUUGGAUAG